GCACUGCUUGCCGUUUUCAAACAGAGAGAAUCGCCUCUCUCGUCUUUACUCGACCUCGAAGCUAAUUAAGAAUCUGAAGAUCUCUCUCUCUUCUCUGUGGCGAUCGUGGAGGAUCGAGUAGUAGCGAGUAAUCAUCAUGUUCAUGAUAGAUUGGUUCUACGGUGUUCUCGCUUCGCUAGGGUUAUGGCAGAAAGAGGCUAAGAUCUUGUUCCUCGGCCUCGAUAACGCCGGCAAAACCACCUUGCUUCACAUGCUCAAGGACGAGAGAUUGGUGCAGCAUCAGCCGACGCAGCAUCCGACGUCUGAAGAGCUUAGCAUUGGUAAAAUCAAGUUCAAGGCUUUUGAUUUGGGUGGGCAUCAGAUUGCUCGCAGGGUCUGGAAGGACUACUACGCUAAGGUGGAUGCUGUGGUGUACCUAGUGGAUGCUUACGACAAGGAGAGAUUCGCAGAAUCAAAAAAGGAACUGGACGCACUUCUCUCAGACGAAUCUCUAGCCACCGUCCCCUUCCUUAUCCUUGGAAACAAGAUAGACAUACCGUACGCCGCAUCAGAGGACGAGCUCCGUUACCAUCUCGGCCUCUCCAACUUCACCACGGGAAAGGGCAAAGUGAACCUAGUGGAUUCCAACGUAAGACCACUGGAAGUUUUCAUGUGCAGCAUCGUCAGGAAGAUGGGUUAUGGCGAAGGCUUCAAAUGGCUCUCUCAGUACAUCAAGUAACCAAGCCCCACCAAGACUCCUCUCCAACACAUGGCGUUAUUAUUGUUAAAACAUCAAGUAAGUUUCUAUAAAUCCUGUUUUGUAUUUUGUCUUGCGUUUUCUUUUCUUUUUGCAUGUGUUGUAAGAAAUGUCGUGAAACUUAGCUUCUCGUGUGUCUCUCUGCCUUUGUUUCUUGUAGUGACUUUAAAUUUUUAAUUCAUAUUAUUUUAAACUUUGGAUUAUAACUU